GAGUGUGAUGACUUAGCUUUUGGAAAAUCAGUUCCAUAUGCAUAUAUAUUCACAGUUUACGGUAUUCAAGGAGAAAAAGGGUGGUCAUUGUUUGUGUUCAUAUGCCUACAAUCUGUUCUGUUAGUAAAAAUCUGUAUAAACCCAAGUUUCCUUUCUGCUUUCCUGUUUAGAAGACAGGAAUAGGCCCAAUUCUUUCUUCUUCUUCUUUUUUCCUUCUGGUUUUAGCGCUUUUGAAAGCUUUUAUCUGGAUUUGUUUUGGGGUACUUUCACUGGUAGCUUGGAAGGAAGGGAAACUAACAUGGAAGACGACAUUGUCAACUUGAUUGUGUUGGGAGUACUCUUAUGGACGACAGCGUUUCUAUUAAUCAGAAAAACUUUCUCCAAACGCUCCUUUGAUUUCUGCAACCGCAUUGUUUCGACCAUCCAUGCAACUUUAGCAGUAAUCUUAGCCUCCCGCUCUGUUGAAGAUUGGAGUUGCCCAGUUUGUCCUUUGGCUUCAAACUCUUCUCUUAAGCAGAGGCAAACUUUGGCUGUGACCGUUGCUUAUCUCAUCUAUGACCUGAUAUGCUGCCUCUUUGACGAGCGAGUCAGUCUUGAUAAUACAGUUCACCACUUGGUUAGCAUCGUCGGUAUUGGAGCAGGCCUUGCCUAUCAAAAGUGUGGAUCGGAGCAGGUUGCUGCGUUAUUCAUAACAGAGAUCUCAAGCCCUUUCCUCCAUGCCAGGGAGCUGCUGAAAGAACUCGGUUACAGGGACACUGACCUCAAUUUAGCAGCCGAUAUCGCAUUUGCCGUAAUAUUCUCACUAGCAAGGAUGGUGGGUGGUCCGUAUCUCACCUUCGUGACUGUGUCUGCUAAUAACCCAAUACUUAUCAAGGCAAUGGGCCUGGGACUGCAGUUUGUCAGUACUUUCUGGCUCUACAAGAUUGUAAAGAUGGUGAUACGCAAGCUUACUAAAAAACAGAAGAAGGUGGUUUCUAGUCCUCUGCACUCAGGAAAAUUGAACUAAAGCCAGUGUUACAAGUUUACUAGGAUUGAUGAAUGAUUGUGUUGAAAGAUGUUGCAUGAAUAUCUGCAUCUUCAUGUACUAAAUAUAAACUUGUAAAAUCCCAUUAUAUAAGAAUUGUGAUGUUGUUUAGUUAUAUUUUACCGUCA